UUUAAAAGAAGAAAAUAUUAUACUUAAAAAUGAAAAUGAUUUGUUGAGAUCUCAAAUUGAGAAACUAAGUAAGAAACUAGAAACUUAUAAGAACUCUGGAACAUGUGUAUUACAUUUAGCACUUAAGUAUCUAGUUCCUCAAGCUCAAAAUUCUCAAAUGAUAUCUGACUAUACAAGAUCUGGAAACCAACCUGAGCUUGGAUUGUCUUUAUCUAAGAAAAAAAGAAAGACUCUCCCAUUUGCAUGGCUUUUAACUGAAAAUAAAA